AUGAACGGUAUACCGAGUGCUCCACAAGAGUCUAGGGAUGUCGCAAAUCGAGUUGUCAAAGUGCCUUCUAGUCCUUCGCUGAAAGCUCAGGCUAGUAACCAGGCUCUCCGAGCUGCGAAUCAAUCUGCUCCAUCUAAUGCCAAUGGUAGCAGCACAACUCAACCUGCCAACCUCCACAGUGCACCUCAACCCAUACCAUGGUCAACCUUACGUGAUCAGCUGCUUCCGCCCUUAUCAUCCAAUGCCUCACCUCCGCAACCUGUAAUGCCAGCUGCAAAUUGGAUCAAUCCAUCAUCUCCUUUGAGAGUGCCAACUCAAACUCAACCAACGAAUGGAAUGUCACAGCAACAGCAGCAGCAACAACAGCAGCAACAGCCAGCUCAGACGAGUCCAUCGAGUCCAUCGUUUUGGCACGCAUCAGCUCAACUAUAUGGUGGACUGUUCCAUCAUGCACAUGCUCCAACAUCGAACCCACAACCUCAGACUCGACCACCAUCUGUAAUGAAUAAUCCAGAUCCUAUAAUGUUUACCCCUCCUGCCCCAUUAUCAACAGUCCCAUCACUAAUACAUGUAUCUAGUCGUCGACAAUCGGACGCAAUGUCUGUAGAAGAUGACUCUCUAGCACGGAACCAACAACAUCCAAACCAUAGCUUUCAGUUAUCAGACUUCCAGAUUAUGAAUACUCUAGGAACUGGGUCGUUUGGUCGUGUGCAUCUCGUGCAGGAGCUGGCUACUAAGGAGUAUCGAGCUCUUAAAGUCAUGAAAAAGAGUGAGGUCGUACGGCUGAAACAGGUCGAACAUACUAUAAAUGAAAAGACUAUUUUGGAGCAGCUGAGACAUCCUUUCUUGGUUCAUUUGUAUGGAACCUUCCAGGAUAGUCAGAAUCUGUAUUUGGUUUUGGAUUAUAUUCCAGGCGGUGAAUUAUUUACUUAUCUGCGAAAGUCUGGGAGGUUCCCAACAGCAGUAGCUAGAUACUAUGCUGCUCAAGUAGUACUAGCAUUUGAAUUCCUACACGAUCGAGAGAUAAUAUAUAGAGACUUGAAGCCAGAAAACCUCUUAAUUGACAGCAAGGGCAACAUCAAAAUAACAGAUUUUGGAUUUGCUAAAUAUGUACCAGAUGUCACUUGGACGCUUUGUGGUACACCUGAUUACUUGGCUCCUGAAAUCAUUCAGGCUAAAGGAUAUGGUAAAGCUGUCGAUUGGUGGGCGCUGGGUGUUCUCCUCUACGAAAUGAUUGCUGGUCAUCCACCCUUCUACGACGAAGACCACUUCAAACUCUACGAGAAGAUCCUGGCAGGAAAACUAAGAUUCCCAAUUCAUUUCGAUGGUGAUGCCAAAGAUCUUGUACGACGUUUACUUACUGCUGACCUGACCAGAAGGUUUGGUAACCUUCGUGGAGGUGCAGCUGACAUCAAGGCUCAUAAAUUCUUUGCUGGUGUUGAUUGGAAGUCUUUGGUCGAGGGACGUAUUGCUCCUCCGUUUAUUCCAAAGAGCUCGGGACCAGCUGAUACUAGUAAUUUUGAUACAUAUCCAGAGGAUUAUGAACCUUAUGGACAACAAGUCCAUGAUCCAUUUAAAGAUAAAUUCACUGUAUUUUAA